UGGGGGAUUCAACAGGGAGAAGUGGCUGAUUUGGGCUCGAUGGAAGCUGCUUCUUUACACUAGGUCAGGUAGGACUAAAUUAAUGGCCCUUUAAUUUAAAUCCACACCGUCGUAAUCAAAGCGCACUGGUCCGUUUUCGCCAUGUUUAGGACGGUCCAUUACCCGACGGUGGAUCCUGCACCCACCAUCAUGCACGGCACUUGGCUUACCACGGGCUGCCGAGAAACGCCCGUAGCGGUGCAGAAACCUAAGAAAAAAGCGUUUAGCCUGGUCAAAAUAAUGUCCUCUCAGCAACAAGAAAGGGCAACGGCCAGCAUCCGCACCACAACAACAACAACAACAUGCCCUUUACGAUCCACUGUCACUCGGGAAAGAGAUAAAGCACAUUUGCAGCAAUUGCAGCCGCGGGAACGACACACAGGACGCCGAGGAAGUAGAGAGGCUGGCAGCCAUGCGUUCUGAGUCUGGCACCCACACUCCACCCAUCCGUCGUCGGAGCAAAUUUGCUACUCUGGGACGCCUCCUCAAGCCCUGGAAAUGGAGGAAGAAGAAGAGUGACAAGUUCAAGCAGACAUCUGCUGCUUUGGAAAGGAAGAUGUCAAUGCGACAGAGCAGAGAUGAGUUGAUCAAGAGAGGAGUGCUGAAAGAGAUCUUUGAAAAAGCAACCGUUGAGUUCCGAUCCUCGAUGGACGGUGGAAUCUGCACUCAGGAGUCCUCAAUUAAGUCAUCCAUGGUUCUACCCUCCAACAAAUCUUUCACCUACUCGAAUGACCUUCAGGAUAAACCUGCCAAGCCGCCGCUGUACCACAAAAAGCCUCCUGCUCUCCCUCCAAAGCCUUUCUCUAGAAUCCCGAAACAUAGCACAGAUUCUUGCCAGCCAAUGAAGUUGACCUGUAUGCGUGGGGGAAAGCACUCUCCACCCCUGCCUCCAAAGAAAGUGAUGAUAUGUGUGCCUCAAGGGGGGAUGGACUCCAACUCCCCGUCUCCGUCGCCCAAUCCCCUCUGCUCUAUGUCCCAAAAGUGCGGCCCCCCCCAGGGCAUGCCCCACCACCACGGGCCCUUGCUGCCCUCUCAGCUGGCGGCUCUCUCCAGUCUUCAUCAGAGCCGGGGUCACCCGUUUCGGCUUCAGUACGGCAGCUUGCACGCGCCCAGCCGGAUCAUCGAGGAGCUCAAUAAAACCCUGGCACUCUCCAUGCAGAGGUUUGAAAGCUCUGCAUUGCACGGCGUUGGUCAUUGUGUUCCCCUGGACCGGAGAGAAGUGCCGUCUGUGAUCAUCGACUACGAGGAUGACAAGGAGAACAUGCCCAACGAGUGUGACUAUGAAGAUCUGCCUAGCAUGUAUAAGGACGAGGACGAUGAGGAGGAUGAUGAUGAGGAUGACGACGAAGAUGACGACACAAUAUUUACAAGUUCCCUGGCUCAGAAGGUGCUAAGGAAAGACUCUUUGGCCAUCAAGCUGAGUAACCGUCCUUCAAAAAGAGAGCUUGAGGAGAAAAACAUCCUGCCCAUGCAGACAGACGAGGAAAGACUAGAGUCUAGGCAGCAGAUAGGCACCAAACUCAAAAGGCGCUUGAGUCAAAGACCCACAGCGGAUGAGCUGGAGCAGAGGAACAUCCUCAAACCUCGCAAUGAGCAAGAGGAAAUCGAGGAGAAAAGGGAGAUAAAACGAAGGCUGACACGAAAGCUAAGCCAAAGGCCCACUGUAGAGGAGUUAAGACAGGCCAAAAUCCUCAUCCGAUUCAGUGACUACGUGGACGUGUCCGAUGCCCAGGACUACGACAGGCGGGCAGAUAAACCCUGGACCCGGCUCACAGCAGCUGACAAGGCAGCUAUACGAAAGGAACUCAAUGAUUUCAAGAGCAAUGAGAUGGAGGUGCACGAGUCAAGUCGCCAUUUAACCAGGUUUCACCGACCAUAGUAGACCAUCACUGUCUUGAGCAACGCCAUGCCGGCGCUCUCCUCCACUGAGAACCUUAAGUGCUGGACGGUAAAAUGGUGCCCGUUUCUACAAUAAGGCCAUGUCUUCUGAAAUGCCUUUUUCAAGACCCACAAAACUGAGUCAGUACUACGCUGCAAGAUGCAGACCCCCACUACUCCGUACUACGCUGCAAGAUGCAGUCCCCCACUACUCCGUCCACUGUAGUAGCACACAAUGACUCCAUUUGAUUCACAUUGCCCCUCUAUGGAAAUUGCCCGGCUGUCUCUUCACCCUCUCUGCUGCGCUCUCAGACAGGCGCUCAGUUCUGCGACAUUUGGAAAGCGGGUCUCUUUUUGUUUGCAAUUGAUUGACACUUUCACCAUUUUCUGAGGCAGCCGUACCUUGGUUCAUCAAUAGCACCAGUGGACUUGUCUCAGUGGAGAUGUUAUUUGUUCCCUCUUCUUUAUUAUGCUGUCAGUCUGGACUCCUCCAGCCCUUAUGGACAACUCUUUUCGAGGAUGCAGGCUGUAUUGUUCCGAGCUCACUACAUCAGCAGGAGAUCCAUCUUCACUGCACCUGCUGGGACUCGUAAACAGCUUAGACGAAGAGGAGGGAGGUCCAAAAUUAGAAUCAUGUGCAAUAUUUGUUUGCUUUUCUUAGGCUUUAGCACCCCCUACAGUCCCCUCGGUGUCAUUACUAUGUAGUCAUGACUUCUGUUCUUCCCUCAUAUGUGCAAUUCUCAAUGUACUGACAAUGUUGUCAUCUAAUUGCUAACUGUGAAUUUGAGAGUUUGGGCAAUGCCCCCACUCUCUCCAAAUGUACAUUUUGUUUAUACUGAAGAAAGAAAAUUACAUUUAAAGAUGAAUUAAGCUUGACCAAGUUUUAUUCAUGUUACAAUCUUAUUCAUUUAUUGGAAAAACUUCAACUGGCAGAUAUAUUCUGGUUCCAGUGAGUGCCACAAUUAUCCGUUUUUAUAUUAUUUUUUCAGUUUUUAAUUGUUUUUGAUAGAGGCACCUAAAUAAUUUAAUUUCCAUGUUUGUACAUGUCCUAGAUAACCAAGAGUUGGAUGAUCACGACAUUAUGACUUACAUUUGUUGUGUUUGAAGCAGUUUUCUUUGUUCAUAAUGAGCAUUGUUAUACACUUUACUUUUCUACUCAUGUCAUUAUAAGCUUUUGACAAAGCAAUAUCUGUUGUUUGUAGAGAAAUGGUUAAACUACAGGUGUACUCCCUACCAUUUUUUUACUGUGCUUAUACACUACGCCUCACUUCAGGGUUUCACGUUUCUUUUAUACUUUACUUGAAGAAGGCUUUAUUCAGGACGACCUUUUUCUGCAUUUUUCUUCACUUAGUCUCCAAGAAAUCUGAAUCUUUAACAGCUUUCCAACACAUUAGGACACGAUUUGAUUCAGACUGAAGUCUAUAAUUAAACGAUGAUGCACUUUCGAUUUUAAAACAAGAGUACAGAUACAGGUGAACUCAUCGAUUCAGGAUUUUUACAUUUUUAUUGCAAACUUCUUUGCACUGUUAAGAGUUUGGCUUUACAAUGGUCACUGUUUUAAGGUCAGGGCCCAGGUGUGUAUACUAUUGUUGAUUAUCUGAUCUGUGACCAUAUUGUCUCUUCACUUUAAUGCUCUUGUUAACUGAUCACUGAUCCUACACCAGUAUUGAAAUGCUCAUAAGCUUUAUGUAUACUGAUUUUUUUUUUUACUUUUUACUGUAUUACUUUUAAAGUUGCAAUAUGAAAUUCUAGUUUGUCAGAUGAAGAUAAGUAGUGGAAGUGAAAGGCUGUUGGCCUCCUUCUAUAAUGUAUGUGUCUUCAAAGUAAAAUGUGUUUUCCCUUAUUUUCAAGGUCUCCAUCAUUGAUGGAUAGAUGACCCGAUAAAACCUGGAAACUGGGAAAAUGAAAAUUGUUUUGCACUUUAUGGUUUGAUGUAAACAAUGGAUGAUUUUUUUUUGGUUUGGAGCAGUUUAUCCUCAGAAUCAGGACAAAGUAAAUUCUCAUGUAACAAUUUUUUUAAUUUAAAUUGCAUUGGGUCAUCUUAUCUUAGAGACUUUGAAGUAUGAGGUAUAUCCGAACCAGCUUCUGUAUGAUUCCAGCAUCAUGUUUUAUUUUUUAAAUGUUCCAUUUAUAGGUUCAAAACAAUAGAGCAUUAACAGGAAUUAAUCCAGACACUCCAGUUGUCAUUUCAGCUCUAAGAAAAAACAACCUUAGCCACCAGGCUGAGGUUUUCCAUUUUGCUGGAAUCAAGGAACAUGAAUUCAGCAAUAAUCUGUUUCCUUUUACAUGUUGUGGAGCAACUGAAUGACUUUGAAAGUGUUAUUUUUUUCAUUUUUGAAAUACAGAAUACCAUGUAAAGGAUACAUCAUGCCAAUUAAAUUCCAUUUCUGAAUGCA